AUGUCAAUACUAAAGUCGAAUAGAUUGGCAACUCAAAACAGAUAUUAAAGUUUGCUUACAUGGGAGCUCUACAACUGGCAACUAGUAAAUAGACAAGGCCAUAAAGUGUGGAGUAUUCAUGAUGGCCCUCCAUUUGCUAGUGGCAAACCUCAUUUAGGCCACCUAUAUAACAAAACAUUGAAAGACAUAAUAAACAGAUAUUAGUUGCUCUAAGGAUAUCAAGUUAAUUUCAUUUCUGGCUUUGAUUGCUAUGGAACAAUCAUAGAAGACAUUGCCCUAUCAGAUAAGAGUGAUUAGCUAAUUGAUUCUCUUUCGCUUAGCAUUAAUAAUAACAAGAUUGAUGAAUUUAAUUUUUCAACUCCUGAGGAGAAAUAAAUCCUCAAGAAUAGAUAGAAAUGCAAAGAAUUUGUUCGUAGCAGUAUUCUGAGUCAUAUGGAAUAAUACUAAAAAUGGGGAAUUAUGUGUGACUUGAGGUAGAGUUACUUCACAAUGAAUCAAUUUGGUAAACUUGUUCAACAAAGGUAAAUAUACAGAGGAGGUAGGACUGUAUUUUGGUCAAUUGAUCAAUAGAGAAUUAUGGAUGAACACUAAGUAGAGGAAAUUUCCGAAAUCAGGGAUUGCGUAAUAGCUAAAUUUCCAAUAAACUCUUUUGGAAAGCAAAGUGAUUAAAUCAGACAGAUGUAUCCUGAGGCUAAAUUCUUGGUUUUUUCAACAGAACCAUGGAAAUUAAUGGGGACUCAUGCAAUUGCCGUGAAUGAUGGUAUUUCUUAUGCUUUAUGCUCUUAUAAGGAUGAAUAUUUAAUCAUGGCUGAAAAAAGAAUAGCUGAAAUGUAGAUAAGAGCAGGAAAAGAAUAAAUCAAAACUCUUUUGAUAUUUACAGGACAACAAUUAUCUGAUAUUGUUCUUGGACAUCCUUUGGUUAAUAACAAGGAAAUUCCUGUAGUAAUAUACAAUAAUGUCAGAAGUUCCUUUGGAACAGGAAUCAAUAUAGUUGCUCCAGGGCAUGAUAUUGAAUCACUUAAAAUAUCUUAGGUAAAAUUGCAUAUUUUAAACUUAUCAGCAAUAUGGAUUACCUAAAGAAGGAGAAUGCUUAAAGAAUAGAACUCUCUGUUUUAAACUUAUAAAUACUAAAAUACAAGCUAUAUAAACAAUGAAACAAAGGAAAGAAUCGUGCUUAUUACAUUAGAUAGUUGGUUUAUGAGUGUUCCAGAAAAAUUAUCAAUGAUGAGUUUGCAAGAACUUGCUGCAUUGAAAUAUAUUCCUCCUCUUAAUCUUAAAACAUCAGAGGAAGCUCAUCAAGACUAUAUUAAAAUUUAGAACAAAGCAUUAAAAAGUAAACAAGAUUUUGGCUCCUAUUACAUAAACAUUGUUGAAGAAAUUAAUCAAAUUUUAAUCGACUAAGAAAUCAUACAACAUGUCUCAAAGGUAUUCUUAAAUAAUGGCGGGUCUGAUGCAUGGUAUUCCCUUCCAAUUUCAGAAUUACUCCCUCGCAGAUACAAGCACAGAGCUGAUAAGUUAGCAAAAGGUUAAUAAGUAUUUGACGUAUGGUUCGACAAUGCAUUAUCUUGGAACUUUGUCAAGGAUUAAACCACAUACAAGUCAUUCAUAACUCAAUUUGAGCAAAGUGGGCCAUAGCUAUCUGGAUAAAAUACUUAGUUUAAUCAAAUAACUUAGGAUCUAGAAACAAAUAUUCUUGAAGAUAAUUAAGAAUAAAAGCCAAAGAAACUAAAGGUUAGUUUGAAGGAUUACAUGAAUAAAAAGAAAUUACUAAAUAAUCAAUAGAGUUAUGUUGGUAAAAGUAAUGCGUUUAUCCCUUAAAAUGAAGAUAACUUAAUGCAAUUAAGAUAAUUAGAAUACAAUUUCUAAAAUAGUCUUCAGAAUGAUUUAACUAACAAACUCAAUCAAUAAUCAUUGGACAAACUAAGGCUAUUCGAUCAUAUACCUUCUAUUUAAACAAGUCUAGUUAUGCAACAAAACCUUUUUCCAUACAGUAUGUUCCUAGAAGGAUUUGACUAGCAUUCAAGAUGGUUCAUGUCUAGUUUUAUCCUCUCAAUGUCAUUAACUGGAGAAUCUCCAUUCAACAUUCUAAAAACACACGGUCUCAUUGUUGAUGAGCAAGGAGAAAAGUUAUCAAAAUCAGAUGGCGCUUAAGCUGGAGGUGAUCCAGAUGAUCUUAUUGAGGGUAGCAUUAAGUUGGAUGGCACUAGAAAGUACGGUUAUGGAAUAGAUGUGAUUAGAGCAUGGUGUGCAUUUAAAGACUCUGAUAAAAAUUUGUUGGUCUAAAAAGAUCAUCUAGAUUAAAUUAAUAAGGAAGUUAAAGUGUUUAGAGACAUAAUUAGAGUUUUGUGCCAAAAUGUUAAAAAUCUAGACAUUAACAAAGAUAUAUAUGAUUUUAAUAAACUUGGAUUUAUUGAUAAGAUGAUGAUGAUUAAACUAUUGAAAUUUUCCCAGGAAAUUACAGAUAAUUUUGACAAUUUCGAUUUAAAAAACGUAUAUGAAAAGACAAUUAAUUUCUUAUUGACUGAUGUUAUUGGAUUCUAUCUUGAAUUCGUUAAGCACAAAAAGUAUUUGGAUGAUGUGCAAAAUAAACAAGUAAUGUUUAAAAUACUAAAUUCAUUAUUGCUUACAACUGCUCCGAUUCUAUGCUUUUCUGCUUAGGAGGCUUUUGAUGACAUGCCUAAUAACCUUUUUGAGGAUUAUGAAAAACCUUAAACUAUCUUCUAACUCCCAUGGUUUUUAGAGGAAAUUGUAAAAUCAGUUGGUUAAAAAUUCUUGGCAUAAUUCCAGAAUAGAGAUCUUUUUGAUAAAUUACUAAAUAUGAGAAAAAGUCUGAGGGAAGUAUACGAAGAGCACAUUUUAAAAAUGGUUUCAAAGGGAGAUUAUUAAAAGACUAAAAUGCAUAUCCUUGUAACGUCUUUAGAUUGUAAUGAAGCUACAUUGUUGGAAAUUCUGGGAGAUGAUUUGGACGAUUUUUUCUUUGGAGUCUAAGUUGUAAUUUAGACCGAAGUAGAAAACCUCUAGAUGAAAGAAGCACCAUUAAAAACACUUAAACAUUCAUUUACAUUUAAGGACGAUUAAACAGAAGAAGAUGAAAAGAAACAGAAGCCAAAGCCUAUAUAGUAUGAAUACAGAAUUAGAGUAUAUAGAAAUAAUCUAAUGAAAUGCGGAAUGUGCAAGAAAGCCAAGAUAAAGAACAAUAAUCCUAAGGAUAAUGAAAUUCCAAUAGAUGAAGGAUAAAUAUAACUUUGUGGAAAUUGCCAAAAAAUUGCAACUAUAACUUAGCAAUGA